UCGCGAGGGUCGGCGAGCGGGGCGGGCGGACCCGCCCGCGGGAGUUUGUGGUGGGCUCGGGAGGUGGCGGCGGUGGCGGUGCCUUCUACCCGCCCGGCGGGGCCCGCCGCCCGCCCGCUGCCCGGAGCUGCCAAGUGGGAGAGCGAUCACUUCUGGCUCUGCUUGCUGGCCUUGGGCUUCAAUCCGAAAUGUCACGAAGGCGUAAGGCUGGGGAGAUAAUGAUGACUCUUGUCAUGAAAAAUGCCAUGGGAAGAAUGAUGGGGCUUUAGAAACCAUGAAGGAUACAGCAUUAAUACCCUCAAAAAGAACUUGCAUACUUGUAUGAGAAAUAAAAAAGCUGUGCCUCCAAAAAUUUUAAGAAAUGGAAAGGAAGAAUUCCCCACUUCAGAAAUGGAGGAGAAUGCAGGCAAAAAUGUUCUCCAGCCAAAGUCUGCUGUGCAAAAAGAUGACCUUGAGAAAGCCAGAGAUGAACUGGUAGAAGAGAUUGCAAGGUCAGUGUGCGAGUCUAGUGACAGUGGUGAAGAAAAAGGAAUGGCAUUAGAGGAUCUCGUUAGCUCACUGCGUUUUAACCCAUUUGUAACAAGGAAACAAAUCCCCCAAACUCCAGAGAAUCUGCUUACUGAAAUUAGAAGUUCGUGGAGAAAAGCUCUUCAGCCUGAGGGCUCCUUAGACCUGGAGCUGUCCGCAGCUGAAGUGGUGACAGAAGAAUCUUCAGUGAAUGCUGUGCCUGGUGUGCAGGAGGAGGUGGACUCUACCUCUGUGUGCUCUGAAGAUGGAUCUCCCGUAUCUGACUUGGGUCCUCCUGUGGCAGAAAAGAAGUCUCAAUUCAUUUCUACAGAAUCUAGUUCUCAGGAGCAGACAAGAACAGUUGAGUUAGAAGCUGGGCACAAAGGAACUUUCAUCAGGAUGGGGUUUGUAAAGCAGCAGCGGAACCGUAGCAGUGCAUUUCUGGUUCCUUUGAGCAUGCAGCAUCUUCUCCAAGCCUUGUCUGGAUUGGGAAGUUGCACUCCUUUUGAUGGAGACUGUUCCAGUUUCCUCAUUUAAAAGUAUCUCUUGUCUACUCUGGCACUGUCAAUUUAAUAACGUACACUGUGGUUUUCUAUGUACAGUAUGUUCUAUGUUCAUUUAUAUACAGAACUGGAUUUUCCUUUUCAAGCAUAUUUUAAAAAGCAGAUGUUAAGUAAAUGGCAUAACCCUAGAAAAUGGAAAAAAUGAAAUGUCAAAGGAGAAACAGUAAAAUCUGUUAAUUUGCUGCUAAUCCACAUCUCAUAGCCUAUCCUAACCCUCAACCCAGCAAAUUGAAAUUUUAUUUGGUGCUCUACAUUGCAUUGCAUUCAUCUCUCUUACUGAAACUUCUGGUCUGUAUUGCCAUCAGUUCUACCUGUUGCUACCUGUUGCUAGAGGCUGUUCCCUUUUUCUAAUCUUUCCUGGAGUUCAUAUUUCUUUAGCUGUAUUACCAAAUGAAUAUUUUACACUAAAGUUAUAAAAGUUAAUUGCUUGUGAUAGUGUUAAUGCUACAUGAUUUUAACAACUGACAUGCACUCAUUAUAUUGUAAUAAUAAUAAUACAGGGAAUAGAGCCUGUGGUAAGGUGAGAAGGUACAACUUGAGAUUCCAAGAGGUAAACUUCUUGUAAAAGCACUGACUCCUGGCCUAAUAUGUUUAGAGGCAUUGUUUAAAUAAAGUUGUUAUUCUGUU